UUUCAGGUUUCAAGUCUCAGAUCUCAGCUGGUUCUGACAAAAUUACUCUACAAAAAGCAUCCGCAGUAAUCCAAUCAAUAAUAAAUAAAAUAUAUCCAAAACACAAUCUAUGAAUGAUUCUAUUCCCUUUUUUUAAAAAAAGAAUUGAAGUACUAGAUUAAAUGUAGACAAAACGUCACAUACUAUGUAUAGGAUUGCAGACAGUAUAAGUGUUGUGUUGCUAAAAUUUAUUUAACUAUUUUUUUCAAAUUGUCAUUAAUCAUGAGCAAUUCUGACGACGAUUGGUUUGAAAAAGAUAUAGAUGAAUUUGUAGUCCAAGCGCCUUCAAGUGAUGUUGAGCAUUUCGUUACAUCAAAAAUUUCCGAUGCUGACGAUUCCGAGUAUGGUGGAAGCUACUGUUCCAAUGAAAAAAAUACAAACAGAACAUCAACCGAUCAAAAUAAAGCGAACAAUUUUAUGGUAAAGAAUUGUACCAACUCAUCAUACAUUCAGCCAAUUUCAUUCAAAAAAUUGAGCUUUCUUUUGGAUCAAACCCCUUUGAAUAUAUUUUUGGAUAUAAUUCAAACUGAUUCUGGAUUCUUUGAAACAUUAAAUCGAUCAUCGAAUUCAAUUGAAAUGAUGCUGUCAACUAUUAAAGUGAUAAAUAGGUUUAUUGAGAAUCCAUUUACUGAACAUAUUAAUACACUCUUAAAUAAAGUACGCAAAAUAAGUAAUUAUUGGAAUCAAAUCGAAACCAUAUUAAAAGAAACAACGAUAAAGCCACGACCAAAUUCUUUUUCAAAACAGAAAAAGAAAAAUAAUAAAGUGGUUGUACACCGAAAUAAUACAGAAGUGUGGCAACAUGCUCUAGAAUUGUCCACUUCAGUUGCAAAGUAUGUUGGAUUACCUGGAGGAUUCAUUGAAAACAUUUUAAAAAUCAUCGAUGGGAAUGAAAAUAAUGAUUUGAUUUUAAGUCAGUUUAAAAUUGAGUAUGAAAUGCUACUGAAUGAUUCAAAAUCAGAUAAAGAUAAGGAUAAAGAAUGUUAUCAAACAUAUCAACAAAUGGAUAUUUACCCGAGUAUUGACGAGCUAACACAGAAACAAAAUCUACUCACAUAUGUUAAACCGAACAUUAUAAAAGGUCGUUUUGAGAGUGUUGCACAAUAUUUGGACAUUCAUUUAGCGUUGUUACGUGAAGACUUUAUCAGUCCGCUUCGUGAAGGCAUAGUUCAAAUAAUUGAACAAUUGAAAGAUAAUCAAACAGUAGAAGAGCCAAAAUCAAAUUUCAAUAUACGUGUUUAUCCAAAUGUUCGAAUCCUGGUUAAGCAAUUGAAAAGUUCUAAAACGAGGUUUAAAAGUGAAUAUUUGAUGGUAGAUUUGGAAGCUAAAAUUCGUUCCGAACAAAACUCAUCAGAACUGGUUAACACUAAUAAAUAUUCGAAAAAAUUGAUGUAUGGAUCCUUAUUGUGCUUCUCAUCAACACCGAUGUUUGAAAAUUUGAUUAUCGCCGUGGUUUCUAAUCGCGACGUUGAUUUACUGAGUCAGGGUUAUAUUCAAAUAGAAAUAAUCCAUUCGUAUAAUAUAACAAACGUAUUUGAUCGAGAUCUUAUAAUGUGCGAAAGUGAUGUUUAUUUCGAAACUUAUCGGCACGUAUACAACGUAUUAAAAUCAUUUACUGACGAAACAUUUCCGAUGAAGAACUAUAUCAUUGACGUUGAUCCUACGCCACACUAUCCUACUUAUAUACCAAAACAAGGAGAAGUUGUUUUUACUUACAAGCAUCACACAUUAGAUUUGAAGAAUACAUCAUCUUGGCCGAAAGCGAUUGAAAUGAAUUUCAAUGCAACCCAAGCAGAGGCGCUGAAACAUGCAAUAACGAAACAGUUUUCAAUUAUUCAGGGUAUUCCAGGAAGUGGAAAGUCUCACAUGGGACUAGAAAUAGUUUCUACACUUCUCCUAAAUACAAACGCUCAAAUUGUGGUAAUAAGUUACACGAACCACGCAUUAGACCAUUUUUUGUCAAGCAUCCUCAAAUACACUGAUAGCAUUGUUCGGAUCGGAAACCAAUCGAAGAACGAGCAACUUGAUCGCUUCAAUAUUAAACAGUUAUGUGAAAAUGCAGUCAUUGAUAAACGUGUCAAAACGGCCUUAUUUAAGCUCAAGAUGGCGUAUUCAGAAGCUGUCCAAGAGUUCAAUGAACUUCAGAAUUCUUCAAAUACUGAUAUUGAAACAUUUGAUCUGUACACCAAAAUUCAGGCCAAACUUCAAUCUAUUUCACGAAUGCAAGAAGAAAUUAAGCAAAUUGGUGAAUAUCAAUUAAUAAAGUCCAAGCGAAUUGUAGGCAUGACCUCAACGGGAGCAGCAAGAUGCAAUGCUUUAGUACACUUGCUUCAAUCUCCCAUUGUGGUGUUUGAAGAAGCAGCUGAAAUGCUGGAAAGUCAUAUUGUUGCAGCGUUGACCAAAAAUGUUCAACAACUCAUUUUAAUUGGAGAUCAUCAGCAAUUGAGACCCAUAACAAGUGUAUACGAACUAGCUCGGAAGUUCAAUAUGGAUAUUUCACUGUUUGAACGUAUGAUUAAUAAUGAUAUGCAUUGUGUCACUCUUACAACGCAAUAUCGAAUGCGACCGGAAAUAUCAAGUUUAAUAAGAACUUCAAUAUAUAAAGAGGUAACAGACGAUGAUAGUGUGAAACAGUAUCCAGAUGUGGUUGGAGUAUCAAAAAAUUUGUAUUUUAUCGACCAUACUAAUUCUGAAUCUGGUGAUUCAGAUGAAACUACCAAAAAGAAUGUAUACGAGUCAUUGUUUAUGCUUUCACUUUGUAACUAUUUGAUUUUGCAAGGCUAUAAAGCAGAUGAUAUUACCAUUUUGACAACCUACAAUGGACAAGUUUUCCAAUUUGCACAGGUGAAAAAGAAUAAUUCUUCUUAAUACAGUAAAACCUCCCAAUAGUGGA